AUGGACGCCGCCCGCGCUCAGGUCGCCGACAAAAUCAAGCUCGACAUCUUGAGCCUGACCCAGGAGGAGGACAACAAGAGAGGGAUCAGGGAGGUCUCGCGCAGCUUCCUCUGUGCCAAUAUAGUACCCACCCUGGAGAUGUACCUCUAUGCCACCCGCGCCUCCGUCGGCGAUGACGUCUACCACGAACCCUGCACCAAGGCCCUGGAGGCCCACAUGGCCAACAUUACCGGCAAAGAGGCGGCCUUGUUUGUCCCCUCUGGCACCAUGUCCAAUCAGCUCGCCCUGAGGACGCACCUCAAGCAACCUCCUUACGCGGUGUUGUGUGACCACCGCUCACACAUUGUCCGGUACGAAGUUGGCGGUCUGGCCCAUCAUUCCGGCGCUCAUGCGCAGAUGGUUAUCCCUUCGAACGGCCACCACAUAACUCUCGAAGACGUUAAGGAGCAUGCGGUCCUCGGGGAGGAGAUUCAUACCUGCCCAACAACCGUGAUCUCACUCGAGAACACGCUCAACGGCACAAUCAUGCCUCAAGAUGAGAUCCUCAGGAUCUCUGAGUACGCUCACAGCAAUGGCAUCAAUAUGCACCUCGACGGGGCACGGAUCUGGCACGUCGCCGCGGAGACCGGCACUCCCCUCGACGAGCUCCUGGCGCCUUUUGACACCGUCAGCCUGUGCUUCAGCAAGGGUCUUGGUGCACCUAUCGGCUCGUGCUUGGUCGGUAGCAAGCAAUUUAUCGCUCGUGCACGCUGGUUCAGGAAGAUGUUCGGUGGUGGCAUGCGCCAGACCGGUUUCAUGGCCGGCGCAGCGGCGUACGCCCUCACGCACAACUUCCCGAAACUGAUCGACGUCCACGCUCUCACGCGCAAGCUCGAGACCGGUCUUGUUGAGCUCGGCGUGGAGAUCAUCACUGUGGAUACCUGCAUGGUGUUCUUCGACCCUUCGCCGAUUGGUGUCAGCUACGCGGAGAUCGUCGAGCGCGCAAGCAGCCUCCCAGACCCCCUCAAGGUCGGCGGCUCACGUCUCGUAGUGCACAUCCAGACUUCGCCUGAAGCCGUCGAGGACCUUCUAACCGUCAUUCGCGAUCUCGCCGCGAAUAAGAAGGCGGCCGGCUUCGUCCCCUCUGUGACGAAGACCAACGGCCUUCGGUCUUACAACAACGUCUACGUCCGCGGUAUGGCGAAGCACUAA